AUGAUGAAAUUUAGUUUGUUUAUUGUUUUGAAAAUUCUUAAUGGUGUAAAUCCUGCUGAUUGGGAUUACCACAAUUUGGGUGAAUGGCCUAGAGUUUGCCAAACUGGACAUUCUCAAUCUCCAAUCGACAUAAAGAAGUGGGGUAUGAAAAAAGAAUUCACGCAAAUGAUUCACUAUCACAACUUCGAAAGAUCACACAGUGCUACUAUUUCUAAUACAGGACAUACAGUUGAGGUAAGAUUUACUGACCAAAAUCGGUAUCCUCUAAUCAUAAAAAAUGGAAUAUUGCCUGGAGAAUACGUUUUAGAUAACAUACACUUCCACUGGGGCUCAGAACAUACAUUCAACAAUAAAAGGUAUGCAUUCGAGACUCAUCUGGUUCACUACUUACGGCAAGCAGGCAGUUUAGCAAGAGCUCUCCAAAUGGAAAAUGGCGUUGUUGUUCUAGCAGUUCUGUCUGAGAUCCAUCACAGGGACACAACGCAAGGUUUCAUAGAAAUCGCCAAUUCCGUAGCGAAUGUCGCCAGAAGACUUGAACAACCAAUCAGCUUAGGUUCAACGAUUUGUCCCGAUGAUUUUCUACCGAAAUACAAUAGGGACUUCUUUUUAUACAGAGGUUCUCUGACUACACCAAACUGCACGGAAGGAGUUCAUUGGCUUGUGUACGAGCAGCCUUUGAAUAUAAGAAAUAGUGAGUUGGACUCAUUGACGAAGAUCUACGAUAAAAAUAGUAAUGAGAUAACCCAAAGUUAUCGCCCUAUUCAGAACUUGAAUGGCAGAACCGUUAGGUAUAUUUGUGAAAUAUAA